CGCCCUCGCCGUACUAGGAUUGGUAAUUUGGGUGCAUGCAGGCGUAAUGCGGAGAGGCGAUCCCGGCUGGAGCUGUCUGCGGUUUUAUUAAAGGAGAACAGACACAUCCUAAUGAUUAUAUACACUACACAGAGGCGUUUAAUUAGCUUAUAAGUCAUGCACAUGUGGAAGGGCAUCGGAGGAGCUGGAUGCGGGAGGAUCUGAUGUCCAGGGAUCUAUUUGGGUCAUCUGGAAGAAGGAGGACCUGCUGAAAAUGCGGUGACUUGGAAGAUUUCGGUGUAAAUACGGCGGGCUUUGCCUCUAUGAAGCAAAGCUGAUCCCUUCUACAGGUUGUUUAACCAAUACCCACAACCCAGAUGGAGAUGCUACUCAUUUAUUUGAUGGUUGUUGUAAUGGCGUUGAAAGCCCAGAAGAUCCAAGUUUGUCCCAAGCGUUGCAUCUGCCAGGUUCUGUCCCCAAAUCUGGCAACCUUGUGUGAUAAAAAGGGGCUACUGUUCGUCCCUCCAAACAUCGACAGACGCACGGUCGAGCUCAGACUGGGCGACAAUUUCAUCACGGGCAUCAAGCGUAAGGAUUUCGCCAACAUGACCAAACUGGUGGACCUGACUCUCUCGAGGAACACGAUAGGCUCCGUCGCACCUCACGCUUUCAAUGACCUGGAGAACCUGCGCGCACUUCAUCUGGACAGCAACCGCUUGACGCAUAUAACGAACGAUACCUUUAGCGGCAUGUCCAAGCUGCACCACCUCAUUCUCAACAACAACCAGCUCACACACAUCCACAUAGGAGCGUUCAACGACCUCCUGGCUCUGGAAGAACUCGAUUUGUCCUACAACAACCUGGAAAGUGCGCCUUGGAUCGCCAUCCAGCUCAUGAUCAGCUUGCACACCUUAAACCUGGACCACAACAUGAUCAACUACAUCCCCGAAGGAACCUUCUCUGGGCUUCAGAAGCUCAAGCGGCUGGACGUCACCUCCAAUAAAUUGCACAAGCUUCCACCCGAUCCGGUCUUCCAGCGCGCAGGUGUUCUGGCUACAUCAGGCAUUUUGGGCCCGACGUCUUUCGCAUUGAGUUUCGGAGGAAACCCGCUGCAUUGUAACUGCGAGCUGUUGUGGCUCCGACGGCUGCGGCGCGAGGAUGACCUGGAGACCUGUGCGGCGCCGCAACAUCUCGCCGGACGCUAUUUCUGGACCGUUUCUGAGGAGGAGUUCCUGUGCGAGCCGCCGCUCAUCACUCGACACUCGCAAGAAACCCGCGCGCUGGAAGGCCAGCAGGUUUCCUUGCGCUGCAAAGCCCGUGGCGACCCGGAUCCCAUCAUCCACUGGAUCGCUCCCGACGGGAAGCUGGUGUUCAACUCCAGUCGUACCGUCAUUCACGCCGAUGGAACCCUGGAUAUCCUGAUCAGCACAGUGAAGGACUCUGGAUCUUUUACCUGCGUGGCUUCAAACCCGUCUGGAGAGGCUCAGCAAACAGUGGAUCUGACCAUCACCAAACUUCCGCAUUUCACCAACGACACCAGUUUAGUUCAGGAGCCGGAUCCGGGAUCGUCCGACAUUGCGACUUCUGCCAAGACCGGCGGAGACGGAGGCUCUUCGAUGGGCAACACUAAGGGUGGACAGGAGAAGAGGGUCCUGAUCUCUGAAAUCACCUCUUCUACAGCUCUGGUGAAGUUCAACUUUCAGCGGAAUAUUCCAGGGAUUAGGAUGUUCCAGGUCCAAUACAAUGGCACUUACGAUGACUCGUUAGUGUACAGAAUGAUUCCUCCGACCAGUAAAAGCAUCACGGUCAACAAUCUGGCGGCAGGCACGAUGUACGACCUUUGCGUUCUGGCCAUUUACGACGACGCCAUGACCACGCUCACGGCCACACGCGUGGUGGGCUGCGUUCACUUCGCCACAGAGCCGCAGUACCUGCGCUGCCACUUUAUGCAGUCGCAGUUCCUCGGCGGCACCAUCGUGGUCAUCAUCGGUGGCGUCAUCGUCGCGUCCGUGCUGGCCUUCAUCAUCUUCCUCAUUGUGCGCUACCGAGUGUGCCAGCAGGAAGGGGCGGAUAAAGGUGUGGAGCUCGGCGACAUUCGCUCGCAGUCCGAGCUGCAGGUCUGCGGCGUCAUCAAGUCCAUGUCCAAGCAGAUCCUGGGUCCGGAUGCGUGUCGGAAGGUGUCGCCGCAGACGGAAUCGGCCCCAUCCCGGCCUUCCAAACCUGCUCUUCCGGACUGCACCGUCACCACGUCCGCCGCAAGCCACAGUUGGCAUCCCGCCUCUCCUAGCCCGCUACGUCCGGUGCGUGCGGACACGCAAAUCAACGUAGAGCCGGACAACACCAACAAGAACAACUCGGCCAAGGUGCAUCCCACCGUACGCGCCUACUCGACCAUGGUGACGCCGGCGUCCAGACGAGCGCAGCUCCAGAACCUCCACCACUACAAGACGGUGCCCGUGGGCUGUGUGCGGGUGAGCCGCCGUCACUCCCUCAACGUAGACUCGUGCAAACAGCCCGCGUAUAUGAGCCACCAGCACCCGUCUGGCAGCCUGAACCGCUCCAAACGCAGUUUAUCAAUGAGCGGCGGGGAUAUUCCCCAGAUGGACGCCGGCGAGAGACGCAGCGGGAGAUCCUCGCUGACCCAGUCGGAGUGGGUCCUAGAAAGCACAUUAUAAUGGAGGAUUUUGCACUUCACUUCUGUGGUUUUAAUAGCGUUCCAGGCCACUUUAUGUGUUACACUGCGAUUGAUGUUCUUCCUCAGUGUUUCUGUCUUGUUUUCCAGCACUAAACAUUCUUAAAUCAAGAUACAUUUACUGGAGGAGCAAAAUGACUGAAAAAUUCAUCAAAAUGAAGUGAGUUUGUGCUUAAAACAAGAACAAAUAUCUGUCAGAGUCAGAAAAAUAAUCUUGUUGUCCCUUUGAAUUAAGAUUUUUUUUGAUUCCAUUGACAGAUAUUUGUUCUUGUUUUAAGCACAAACUUACUUCAUUUUGACACAUUUUUCAGAAAGCAAGACUUGAUAUCUUCAGUCAUUUUACUUCUCCAGUAAAUGUAUCUUGAUUUAAGAAUGUUUAGAUAUUGGAAAUCAAGAGAGAAAACUGAGGAAGAACAUCGUGUUUGCAGUGUAUAGUCUCAGACUGUCGAGUAUCAGACUUUAAAAUCAGACGUGGAUCGAAAGGACAAUGUACAAGCCGAUGUUUUUUAAGCACAAAUUAAAUACUGUUUCCUGCAUAUAGUAAAAUAAUACUAUGACUUGUAUAUUUCUUUGUUUUAUGGAAUAAUACAAACACUGCAUACAAACAUGUUACGUUGUGUAAAAUAAAAUGUGAAAAUGA